AUGUCUGAAGGCAAAGUACACUCGGAGGGUAUCUAUCAUGGGUUGCCCUCAUUUCCCCAACAUGAAGGCAAACAGUAUACGGCCCUUGUACUCGGUUCGUCUGGCAUCACAGGAGCAUACAUUGUCGAGAUACUGUCAAAGUCCCCCUACUGGAAGAAGAUAGUCGCCGUCAGCCGGAGUCGACCGCAUUUCGCGCUCCCCGACCACGUGCAGCAUCUAUCGAUCGACUUGCUACAAGAUCAUGAGGUUAUUGGGAAGACCUUGUCCGAGAAUGACGUGAAAGCGGACUAUGUCUUCUUUUCGGCGUACAUCCAACCCCCCACUGCACCGGGAGAAGGCCUGUGGUCCAACGAGCAGGAGCUGGAACGCCUCAAUGUGAAAAUCUUGGAGAAUCUUCUCCUGGCGCUGGAUUACACGGGAUCCAUCCCCAAGCGUUUCCUUCUCCAGACGGGGGCCAAGCACUACGGGGUUCAUCUUGGGCCGACGCUCACGCCCAUGGAAGAAUCAGAUCCUCGGUACUUGGGUAGCCCCAAUUUCUACUUCCCUCAGGAAGAUCUUUUGGCAGCAUGGUGUAAGAAACAUGGUACGUCGUGGAACGUCACGCGGCCCGGUUUCAUCAUUGGGGCGGUUCCCAAUGCCGCGAUGAACGAAGCAUACGGAUUGGCCGUGUAUGCUUCAGUGCAGGCGGAAAUGGGCGAAGGCUUGGAGUAUCCGGGGACUAUCGCUGCGUGGGGAUUGGAAAAACACCUGAGCGCUGCAAGGCUCAUUGCCUGGCACGCAGAGUGGGCCGUACUGACUGCCCAAGCAAAGAACCAGGCUUUGAACAUCUCUGACGAUUCCAUGUUCACAUAUGGCAAAUUCUGGCCUGUGCUUGCAAGCUGGUAUGGCGUGUCGUACGGAACGCCUCCGGAACCGGUGAACAGCGUGCAAAUGCCUUACACUCCUCCCCCGAGGGGGUUUGGAGAGGCAGGAAAAGUAGAAUUCGCCUGGUCCUUCCAGGAAUGGGCGCUGCGAGACGACGUCCAGAAUGCAUGGAGACGAAUUGCCGAAAGGCACAGCCUGGUAAAGAACCCUUUUGACAAUGUAACAGAUGUGUUUGGAAUCCUCGAUGGCGAUAUAUCGGGACCGUGGGCGAGAAGCAUCAGUAUGGGGAAAAGCAGAGAACUGGGCUGGCAUGGCUAUGUCAAUAGCCAUGCGGCCAUCUUUCAGACCAUCUCAGAGCUCGCGGAAUUGAAGAUGGUCCCGCCGAUUCCAAACAAGUUCGACCAAGUCGUCAAAUAUGUAGGCUAUUAG